AUGUCUUAUUUAUUGUCAAAUUGUCAUUCUUCUGAUUACCACUACACUCAUGAUAUUUCUGACACGGCUUUGGCUACCACGGUUCCUCACUCUACAUUUUUAUUUAUUCAACAGGUCAUUAACAGACAUAUUUCCACAAAAAUGCAUGAUAUGAUCAAUAAUACGAUUUUUCUCAAACUAUAUAAACUAAUAACGCCACACGUAGAUAAGAAUUAUAGAUAUUUUCCACCGACUGCUUUCGAAAUUUACACGCGUGAUACAUUCGCGAGAUAUACCGACAACCUUAACGAUCAUCAAAUAAAGGACAGAUUGGUAGAUUUAUCUGUUCAAAUUUGUCGAGAAUGGAAAUUCGCGUCUGCAGAAACAAAAGAAGUUUACAGAAUAUUGGAAAGAUGUUCUCACAUAGUUUAUGAAUACAUGAUGAAAAUUUCUAGACAUGAUAAUAUAGAAAAAAAUUCUCACAUUUCUUCUAUUCUUACAUCUAAUACGAAUCAUCUCAGAUCAGAGUAUAAAAAUAAAUCUCCCCUUAUAUCUUUUACUGAUCAGACAGAUAACAGGACUCUAAGAAAACCUAUACCAACUUCAACAAAACAAAGCUCAGUUUCAACUCAUGCAAAUCAUGCAAGUCAUGUGAGGCGUCCAUCUCAUAGACAGCUUAUUUCUCACAAUUCACCGUAUCCCGAAAAUCCGGUUUCUUCAAAUACUCGAAAGUUAAAUCUCUUACUACAAGGAGAUUCUCAAUUUUCUCCUGAAUCUUCAAAACAACUGAUCAAGCGCUUUUCAUCUACGAAUAAAUCAUUUCAUCUUCCAAUGGAAUCUCAAAUUCGACGAGAUUCCUUAACAAAUAUACCAAAAAUUUCUUCAUACUUUAAUUUUAAUAAUAACCAAUCUAUUGUAAAUCCUCCAUUAGUGCAGGUUAGAGAAGCAAAACCUAUUCAUUUUAUUCAAGUAUUAGACAUGAAAACAAAUUUUUUAAACAAUGCGUAUGAUUUAAAGCUAGUUAGAUCCAUUAAUGAGAAACUUGAAAUAGAUUUACAUUGUAAAGUUUCUUAUUCUUUGUAG